AGACCCUCCGUUCACAGAGUUCAUUCACUCACGGGUUCUUCUCCCACUAGAAAAAAGGCACAACAAUGAAAACUCUAAUUUCAGUUCUUAUAAUUGCCGUCUUCGCUACCUUUUCAGAAGCCAAUCCAAUCCUCAAUCAGCCGCAAGCUCUCGAAUCCUUCAAGCUCAGUGAAACCCAGCAUCAGAACGGGGCGAGCUGUUCGUACACAGUAACCAUAAAGACAAGCUGCUCUUCAUCUCGAUACACCAGAGAUCAGAUCAGUCUCGCUUUUGGCGAUGCUUAUGGCAAUCAGGUUUAUGCUCCACGGAUAGAUGAUCCAUCUUCUGGAGCAUUCGAGCGAUGCUCUACGGAUACGUAUGAGGUACACGGUCCAUGUACGCAUCAAAUCUGCUAUCUGUAUUUGUACAGGAGUGGAUCCGAUGGAUGGAAACCAGAGAAAGUAACAGUGUAUGGAUAUUACACGAAGGCCGUUACGUUUUACUACAACACUUUCAUUCCCAGUGGCACCUGGUAUGGAUUCAACUUGUGUCAUGGAUCAUCUUCUUCAGUCUCUAAAGCUACAGUGUAGUAGUGAUGUAGCAAUGGAAUUAGUUCAUAAGAUGGAUCGAAUUGAAAAGAAUAAAUGAUAGUGUCGGUGUAGCAAGGGCCUGGAAUGGUUUUUAUGUAAUAUUUGAUUGACAUAUAAAAAAGUGUUUUUUAGAAAAGUAAUGAGAAAUGCAUCUACAAAGUUUCUCAUUUCCUUUUUUAAAAAUAUUUUUUUAUAUAUCAAACAUUGUUUCAUGAUGUUACUUUUUGUAUUUGGCCAAAAAAAAGGAUGUUAGUUUUUUUAAGGAUGCGAUAAUGGAGCAUUUAAUGCUCCCACUCUGUUAAUGCUCGUUGUAAUUCCUCAACCUCUCAAUUAUUUUUUUAUUUUUGAUUAUUAAAAAUUUAUAUAUAAAAGGGAUAUUUAAAUAUCUCUAAUUUUAUGUGAAAUAUGAUUAUAAAAAGGAACAAAUCUCUGUGGUUUGAUUCCAUUCCAUAUA